AUGAAGCGCAAUUUCGUCCGGUCCUUGCUGACCUUUGCUGCUGCUGCAUCCGAAGAAUGCUGCGCAACCGAUGUCAACGAUACACCGCCGGUGAUACCCACGACUUCUGGGAGAAUAAAUGGAAAAGUGGACCCAGCCCUCCCAAAUGUCCACCAAUAUCUCGGAAUCCCUUACGCAGUGCCACCUGUAAAUGAGCGGCGUUGGGCAGCACCAGAACCACUCAACCAACCCGACUCAGAGAUCCAGGCUACGCGUUUGCCGCCGAGCUGUCUGCAGUAUCUGGAUACCCACCUACCAAGCCCUCUCUUUGAGAACGUGCUCGAGUUCAAUCUCCAAGGGCUGAACACAACUGGGGCCAUCAGUGAAGACUGUCUGACACUCAGUGUGUGGGCCCCUGCCAACACGACAGCAUCACCUGAAGGUGUGCCGGUCCUCAUGUUCAUCUAUGGCGGUGGCUUCGGCGUCGGCGGCCAGGAUGUGCCAUACCAGACACCCGCACAGUGGGUAGAUAGGGCGCCAGACCACAUCGUGGUAUCAUUCAACUACCGCCUGGGCAUCUUUGGGUUUCCCAACGCGGGCGGCCUCCCUGACCAGAACCUCGCGUUGCUCGAUACACGUGUGGUGGUGGAGUGGUGCCAGGAGAACAUGGCCGCUUUCGGCGGCGACCCAAGUCGCAUGGUCCUGUGGGGGCAGUCGGCAGGCUCGAUGAUGGCCGACUACUACGGCUUCGCGUAUCCCGAUGACCCCAUCGUCACGGGCCUGAUCCUGAACUCAGGGACGGCCUUCACCCCCUUCUUCACCGUCAACGACACAGCACGGUCCAACUUCACGUUUGUUGCCGACCAUGUCGGUUGUACCGGUCUUGCAGAUGACCCUGACCAGCUGCUGUCGUGCAUGCGGGAUGUUGACGGGACUGUCAUUAAUGACUUAAUCGCGAACUAUUCAGAGAUAGAUGGGUUCCCAGGACUAGCUUUCGUCCCAAUUGAGGACGACGCUUUCAUCUUUUCGAACUACACACAACGAGCCCUGACACAUCUGAAGCCCGCCAUCGUGGGCACCAACGCUCUAGACGGCCUCAUAUUCGCCGACUUCAAAGCCGGCGACCCCAACGGCCCAAACGCAACGGCUGGCCUGGAGUGGGACCUUGUCCUAUUCUCCUGCCCCGCGACAAGCACGGUCCGUUUCCGGCAGCAGACGGGGCUCACGACGUUCCGCUACGCGUACUACGGUAACUUCACGAACGUGUCCCCGGCGCCGUGGAUGGGAGCCUAUCACGGCGCCGAACUGCCCAUUCUGAUGGGUACGCACCCGAACUUUCGUGGCAAUAGCACUCCGGAGGAGUAUGCGACCAGCCAGGCGUUCCAGAAUGCGUACGUGGCUUUUGCGAGGGAUCCCGAGAGCGGUCUGGCGGCACAGAACUGGAAGCAUUAUGCGACACUGGGGAGUGAACAAGUUAGGGGAUUUGGGAGGGAUGGAAUGGCGGCGGAGGAUCUCACAAGACUCCUCGCCAUGCUGAUAGUUGCGCCGUACCACACAAUUCUCAAAGCAAAACGAAACGCUGUCGAGGCCCGGUUCUAA